GUCUUAAUGAUUGGUUUUUAGAUCUUACACCAAGAAGACGGUUGUCAAAAUAGUGCAUGUGAAUCACAAAUAGAUUCAAUGUUUUAAACAUUGACAUUUAUUUACUCUAAGCUGUUUGAGAUCAACAGAAAAAAUAGUCAAAAGAUGAGGAUUUAUUCAAAGCUGCAUCCUCUAUUGACAGUUGCUCAUAAUCAAAUCUAGAUGUAAAUGUUUGGUUUUCUGAUACUAUUCAUGAAAGUCAUAGUUAUUUGAUAAAGAUAUUAUUACUCAAUACACAGAUGUUUGGUAACAUUUAGGAGAUGUUAUUCGGUGUUUCCUUAUAUAAUUUUGAGACAAUGUUUUCAAGAGUGUUACAUUUUAAAAAGACAACCUUUUAAAACUCGGAUGCACAAAAGUGUGAUAACAUUCUGGAGACAUUAAAUAGAUCCCAAGACGAUCUUACCUCUUUAGAAAAGUGAGACAAAGUACAAACUAAAAACAUUCUGGAGACAUUAAAUAGAUUCCAAGACUUAUCUUCUUCAGAAAAAUGAGACAAAGUACAAACUGAUAACAUUCUGGAGACAUUAAAUAGAUUCCAAGACUUAUCUUCUUCAGAAAAAUGAGACAAAGUACAAACUGAUAACAUUCUGGAGACAUUAAAUAGAUUCCAAGACUUAUCUUCUUCAGAAAAAUGAGACAAAGUACAAACUGAUAACAUUCUGGAGACAUUAAAUAGAUUCCAAGACUUAUCUUCUUCAGAAAAAUGAGACAAAGUACAAACUGAUAACAUUCUGGAGACAUUAAAUAGAUUCCAAGACUUAUCUUCUUCAGAAAAAUGAGACAAAGUACAAACUGAUAACAUUCUGGAGACAUUAAAUAGAUUCCAAGACUUAUCUUCUUCAGAAAAAUGAGACAAAGUACAAACUGAUAACAUUCUGGAGACAUUAAAUAGAUUCCAAGACUUAUCUUACUUCUUCAGAAAAAUGAGACAAAGUGCAAGCUGAAAACAUUCUGGAGACAUUAAAUAGAUCUCAAGACGAUCUUACUUCUUCUGAAAAGUGAGACAAAGUAUAAGCUGAUAACAACAAAAGCCUACCAUCAACUUGACAAGCGCAUCAAAACUCGUCAAAGAUGUCCUGCAAGAGAAAAACUCAAACUGAUAGUAAUCUAUCGAAAAAAACUAAAAACACAAAAAGCACUCCUUACUUUUGCCUGGUUCCGGGCAAAUUUUGAUGCCAAAUGCCGACACUGUGGAGAGUUAGUGGAAACAUUGGCGCAUAUCAUGCAAGAGUGUCUGCAGCUCCAAGAGAGUCCGGGAAGUGUAUCUACAGAGUCACGUUACCUGUGUGGGAAAUAUAAGGCACUUUGCCUAACCGCAGAGUUUCUCGCCAAGGCUCUACGAGAGGACUACCAAUUGGACCAAUCAGCUGUGGGCUAUCUGUGACGUUUUAAUAAAUAAAAACUAUAACGAUUCUAGCUAAAGAAAAGCUAACAAAAUGGAAAAAAAUCACAAUCAUGAGAAUGUGUGGAAAAAAUGACUCCUGAGUCAUUAUAUAAUAUAGACAUCACAGGAUUCAGGGGAGGGGAGGUAGAGAUGAUUCUCCGCUCAUUGCUUCAGUCCAUCACCAGCCCCUAUAAUGUUGACUGUUUGUCUAAAGGAUCAGACUGACCUAGCAGACUUAUCCAGUCUUGGGGAUGAGAAUCAAGAUACAGAUCCUCAUCAUUUCACCAGUGACCAGUCCAAAAUCCAGUCAGAUGAUAUUGAAGGUCCACUAAUUGGUGAUCAUGAAACUCAGGAGUCAGAAGCUGGAGAAGCUGAUCUACACAAAUAUCUUGUUGGCUGUAAGAAGAAUCCAGGUCAUAGACAUUUUAUACUUGUUGACACAUUCACCUUGAAACAUUUACCUGAAGGUCUUCAAGACAAAGAUUUGUAUAAAUACAUCAAAGUUACAGCUGACCUCACAGUUAGAGUUGAUGUUAGAAGGACCAGUCCAGAAAGACCAAAGUUUUGGCCAGAGACAAUUAAACCAUAUCCAUUUUAUAACAUGAGUGAGAGAAGAAACUUGAGAACAGGAAGUGGAACAGUGUGGCGUGUAAACAUGUUUCAAGAUGGAUUCAAACAAGAUGAAGAUUAUGGAGAUACUGCCUACACAAAGUGUUGGUGUAGAAAAUGUGAAGAUUCAGACUCACCUAGCAAUGUAUGGUGGGAGUUUGAAGUGACCACAGCUGCACAUGUGGUUUUUGAUGACAUUGAGGCCAACCACACGACCUUGACAAUGUUUUAUGAUAGAGAUGGAAGUCCAGUGGUCAGUGUUGAUAAGGUCAGUGCUAGAUAUGUAAACAUUGAGGAUGACUUAUGUGGGUUGAAAUGUGUGACAUGUGAUAAAACUUUAGGAAUUAAUAUGUUGAAAUUGUGGAAACAUUAUAAAAAUGUCUGGAGGAAAAUCUGUAACAAAUACAGGGACUCUAGAUCUCAACACAAGUUGAACUUUAUAGUGUCACAUCCUCAUGGGUGUUCUAAACAGGUCAGUGUUGGUCAAUGGAAGGACAAACUAAAGGUGGGUACAUUUAAUUCUAAAUUUACUUAUACAACUUGUACAUGUCCAGGAAGUAGUGGAGCACAUGUCCACUGUCUGGGGUAUAAUGACAACUUGAUUUGGCCUAAUCUUGUCCACAGUGGAAGUAAGUCUGGACUAAAUUACAGUGGAGUUGGUUUUAUCCGGUGAGUUGCUCCCUUUGUGAGUUGUCAAGCUCCACCAUAAAGAUGUCUUUGAAAAACCCUUGAAAUUCUGAAAAUCAAACUCAAAUGUCUCUUUAGUCUUGAGAUAAAUUUUAUACUUUGUGAUUUGUUUACUAGAAACAUUUUGUUUUAAACUUAGAAAAUAAAAAAUCUUCCUAUUGUCUUAGAUUAACUUUUCUUCUCGUUAUGUAAAUAAAUUGUGUAUGUUGUCUUUAAA